CAACCUCUGUAGGCUACUGGGAACCCCUACGGAGUUACUCUUAGAAUGAAGUAGAAGAGGAGGACAGAGUGACUUGAGAAUAAGAAUGGACGCCCCUCAGGACAGAGAUAUUAAACUUCAACGUGCUUCUAGUGAUUUAAUACGAGAGACUAGAUCAAAACUUUCCCCACUCCUCUGGAAAUCGCGGCCUCAUGGCAAUCACAAUGCCAGCAGCCGUCAAGUACACCGUCUGGCGCAAACUCGCAAGGCAUUAAAACUAAUAGAUCUCUUGGAGCCAUUUCAAGAGUGGCCACAACUUCUAGAUCCCUAUCUGCAAGAAGUACUUUCAAAUUUAGUCGAUGCAUUCUUAGAAUAUCUGACAGUUCACCGAGAUCAAUAUGUGCUUGCGUCAUCGAAAGCUUCGGUGCAGAAAAGUGCCGAAAGUGGAGGUCUCAUCCCUCUACCCAGAGCAAUAUGCAUGCUCCUAUAUACGCUCUGCAAAAUUCGCGGCGUCAAAGUCAUCAGCCGGUUUCUGAACAAUGAACCAAAGUACCUGGAAGUCAUGUUGCGUGCGUUUAUUGAGUGGGACAGCAGUGCUACCACGGCAGAAGCAGCCCCCACCGAAACCGCGGGUACGAAAGCUCAGCCCAAGACGUUGAUUUGGGAAGAGAGAUAUAUAAUGCUUCUUUGGCUCUCUCAUCUGCUCCUUGCACCGUUCGAUCUGGCGUCGAUUUCAUCAAAGACCUUACCAGUGCCAUAUGAUAAUCUUUCUGUUGUGCCUGAUCUGUCACCCGAUAUUCCCCGCGUGUCUAUUUCGAUUCUUUCGAUAUGUCUUAAGUAUGUUGUGCUUCCUGGUAAGGAGCGGGAGGCGGCGACCGUAUUGUUGGCGAGGCUUGCUCUGCGGGUAGAUAUGCAGCGACUGGGACUUUUGAGCUCUCUCAUGCGGUGGGCGCUGGAUAUUCUACGCCCAACGGCUGAAAGUACCGCGCCGCCGCCAGUGUAUACCUGUAUCGGAGUGCUUUCGUUUAUCUCUAGGCUUGGGGUUUCUGGGCAAGUUGGGGAUUUAGCGCCAUUCAUCGUGCCGAUAUUUAAUGGGAUCCUGCAAAUAUCUGAGGGAGAGUCGCCUCUUGCUGAGACAAUUAGGUCCUCUGCAUCUGCCAGGAAGUCGAUGAUAAAAAUUCUGCGGACUAUCACGACUCUAGUGAUAUCUCUAGACGAGAGCUCUGGACUCCACCAAAUUCCGGAAGAUACGGUGUCGAUGAUUCUGGAGAACGCAAUCGAUUACUUCCUGGUCUCUCUCGCUGAUAAAGACACACCGGUACGAUUUGCAGCGAGCAAGGCACUUAGCAUGAUAACCGUCAGACUCGAUCCGAGCAUGACGUCUGAUGUCAUAGAAGCAGUCCUUGGUUCUCUAGAUGAGAAUAUUCUCUAUGAGAAGCAGGAUGGCACACUAAUAACACCGUUCGAAGCCCAGAACGUCGACGUCAAGUUGAGGAAACGUAACAUAAGUGCCGUAGACCCUCAACGGUGGCAGGGUCUUAUCCUCACUCUUGCGCAUUUACUAUUUCGCCGCUCGCCACCAACUUCUCUACUUCCCAGUGUGCUUCAAUCACUCGUGUCUGGACUAGACUUUGAGCAACGGUCAUCGACGGGAAGUUCUAUCGGAACUAGUGUUAGAGACGCUUCGUGCUUUGGAAUUUGGGCCUUAUCUCGAAAGUACACGACAAGUGAACUACUAGACCUAGACUCCCAGGAGCUGAAAGUAACGACAAACCAGGAGGGCGGGAGCACAUUGCAGGCCCUUGCAAUAGAGCUUGUCUGUGCCGCAUGUUUGGAUCCUUCGGGGAAUAUUCGACGAGGUGCUUCUGCAGCACUGCAGGAACUUAUUGGUCGCCAUCCCGAUACUAUUUUUGAAGGUAUCCCCUUGGUUCAGGCUGUUGAUUAUCAUUCCGUUGCUCGCAGGUCGAGGGCGAUGAUUGAGGUUGCCAAGGGUGCUUCAGAUAUAGGAAUUGUUUACUGGAACCCCCUCGUGAAUGGCCUUCUACGAUGGAGAGGUAUCGGCUCUCCUGACGCUGAAUCGCGACGGGUGGCCGCUCGCGCCCUCGGAGAUUUAAGCCUUCAGGAAUCGUAUAAAAGCUUAAGCGUAGUGCUUGAACGGCUUGUGGAACAAUUGUCUACGACGCCAUUACAGGCUGUUGAGGCAAGACAUGGUCUAUUUUUAUCUAUUGCUGCUACUAUUGAUGCAUUCAUCACUCAUAGAAAAAAUGGGAGUGGCACAACAUAUGCACCUGAGUAUACCAAAAAGCUCAAGGAUCAAAUUACAGUCCUUUGGGGCGUUGUCUUCGAUUCCGCUAUAGCUCCCACGCCCGAAGUCCUGACGGAUCCUACAAUGCGACCCGACCUCACUGCUGAGGCUUGUGCGCGCCUUAUCUCUUCUCUUUCUCGCUCCUGCGCCCCGGAGGAGCAACAAAAUAAUGUACACCCCACGCUCUCUUAUCCGUCUUUUCGAUUGCUCGAUAGAGCCAUUGAAAUCUUGCUUCUAUGUAUGUGUCGACCAGACGAUAUCCCGAUUGAAGCUUCAUCGCAAGCGGCAUCAGACUUGUUCAUGCUACUUCCUAACUCUAGGAAAUCGGAAGUUGUGCAAAAGUGGUUCAGUAAUAUCCACGAUAGCUGGCGGUUGGUAACUGGGCGUGGGCAAAUUGCGGCGUUAGGUGCGGUUUUCAAACGAAUGCCGAAAUUUGGGGAGGGGAGGCAGUUCAUUAUAGAUAAGCUCAUCGAUUGUACUGGGGCAGAAGAGAAAAUUGCUAAACGGUCGUCAGCUGUGAACUGUCUUGCUACUGGUGUGUUGCCGGAGAUAGAUGAUGUGGAACCUAUUUCUGGGCACUUCAAGGACUUUCUUAACGAUUAUACGACGGACAGAAGAGGGGACGUUGGUUCGUUCAUUAGGCUUGAAGCAAUAGAGGCUGUCAAUAUCAUUAUUGAAUCGAAGGUGCCACCUGGCCCAACACCCAUGUACCUGAAGGACUUGAUGGGCUGUGUUGUACGCCUUGCAGCAGAAAAGCUUGACAAAGUUCGCUUUCACGCUUGGAAUUGCCUACAGACUUUCUGGGAGAUAUCCACAGACUUGCCUCCAUUAGCACAAAAAUACGAACAUUUCAGCGAAGUCUCCUCGGCAGACUAUUUUUUACAGCUUUUCAGCCUACUCCAAGUUGAGUGGCUGCGUCAUUCUCUUUCGAGAGGCCUGGUAACCUCCGCUACUACAGGCACUGAGGUAGUAGUUCGAUCCGCCCGCGUCGCACUUUUGCAAUACAUCAACAACCAUGAUGAGCAGCGGAGGAACAUUAUAUGCGUUAAACUUAUAGAGGAUUGGCUAUCGAUACUGGAGAGCGAUAACGAUGACGACCGUUACGCCAUCCCUGUUGUGGAAAUGACUGCGUUUUUGCUCGAUAAUUGCUUCUUACAUAAUUCCCCGGAUCCAAAUAUGAACUAUCACAAACUCUUUGUUCUGGUUCAAAAGUUCCAUUUUAAAUCGGCCAAUAUGACCCGGAUUGAAGCUGCAAUAAAGAUAUACUCACUCCUGUGGAGGAUGGGUGUUAUCAAGGGAGAUGCCAUGAAGAAGCUGACAGGAAUGCUCCUGCAUCCGUAUCCGAAGAUCCGCACCAUUGCCGCGGACUGUUUAUAUAUGGAGAGCCACGUCGAGGAGAUGAAGGGUGAAGACUGGUCAAGCCCUCCAGAGCAAUUGAAGGCGAAGGUUGAUAAUUUACGUGUGGUUCUCACUUCUUAGGUGAUAGCUUAGGAUAUAUAUAGCUGGGUAUAAAUAGAUAUUACAAAAAUAUAAUGAUUAUUUUACGAUGUUUCCGCGUUCACGAGGACGGCCAGGGAAGAUAUAUAUGUAUGUAUUGU